CACUGCCGCUACCCUGUUCACUCUUCCUCUCCUCUGUUCUAUUACGGUUGUCUCUUUUGCUCUCUCAUCGGCAGACAAAUGCCUUCUGAUCGAGAACGUGAACCAAGUGGAGUCGACGUCGCAAGAAUGGACUCUGUUCUCUCUCGUUCUUGCUUCCCUCUUACUCUCCAAUUUAUUGAUAUAUCGUACCGUGUCAAGCUCGAUCCUCUGGCGGCCACCGGCGGCAAAGGAUUCAAGUGCAUGUUAACUACAGGCGGCAGCGGAGGAAUCUCUGCUUCUGAUGAGAAAGUUAUAAUUAACGGCGUGAGCGGCAUGGUGUCUCCCGGCGAGUUGCUUGCUGUUCUCGGUCCCUCCGGGAGCGGAAAAUCCACUCUUUUGAGCGUCCUCGCUGGACGGAUGCAGGGGAAGCACUCCGGCGCGGUGCUUGUCAACGGUCGUCGGCUUGCGCGGCCGGCCCUGCGGCGGAUUGGUUUCGUGGCGCAGGACGACGUGCUGUACCCGCAUUUGACGGUGCGCGAGACGCUGCUCUUCUGCGCGAUGCUGCGGCUCCCGCGGACGCUGGCGAAGGCCGAGAAGGCGGCGGCGGUGGAGGAGGUGUUGGCGGAGCUGGGACUGUGCAAGUGCGCCGACACGGCCGUGGGCGGGACCUUCGUGCGGGGGAUCUCCGGCGGGGAGCGGAAGAGAGUCUGCAUCGGGCACGAGAUGCUGGUAAAUCCGAGCCUGCUGGUGCUCGACGAGCCCACCUCGGGACUCGACUCCACGGCGGCCAACCGGCUGGUGGCCACCCUCUGCAGGCUGGUCAGGAAGGGGAGGACGGUGGUAACGUCGAUCCACCAACCGUCGAGCCGCGUCUACCAGAUGUUCGACUCGGUGCUCCUCCUCUCCGAGGGCAAUUGCUUGUACUUCGGCAAGGCCAAAGAUGCCAUGGACUACUUCGCCACCGUCGGCUUUCCUCCAAAUUUCCACGUCAACCCCGCCGAUUUCAUGCUCGAUUUGGCCAACGGGGACGGUCAAACAGAGUACCCAGGAGACGACGAAAAGUCAACAGUCAAGCAAUCUCUUAUCUCAUCCUACGGCCAAGUGUUGGCGCCGAAAGUCAACGGAAGGUUGACCGGCGUGACUGGAGAUGCAAACCAGAGCGGUAGAGAAUUGUUCCCGGAGAAGGAGAAGAGAGACAAGAGCAGAGUCAGCUGGUUCAGCCAGUUCUCCGUCCUCUUGCGCCGGAGCCUCAAGGAGCGACGCCACGAGUCGUUUAACUCUCUCCGAGUCUUCCAGGUCAUGGUGGCGGCUGUGCUCUCCGGCUCGAUGUGGUGGCGCUCGAGCCUCGGGGACGUUCAGGACCGCCUCGGCCUCCUCUUCUUCGUCACCAUCUUCUGGGGCGUCUUCGCCUCCUUCAACUCGGUCUUCACUUUCCCGCAGGAGCGCGCCGUCUUCCUCAAGGAACGCGCGUCGGGAAUGUACAGCCUCUCCUCCUACUUCAUGGCGCGCACCGCCGGCGACCUGCCCAUGGAGCUCGUCCUCCCCACCGUCUUCACCUUUAUCCUGUACUGGAUGGCCGGGCUGAGGACGGAGCCGGGGGCGUUCCUUCUGACGCUCGCCGUCAUCCUCGGCUACGUGCUGGUGGCGCAGGGGCUGGGGCUGGCGUUGGGGGCGGCGAUCAUGGACGCCAAGCAGGCCUCGACGAUAUCGACGGUCACGAUGCUGGCGUUCCUGCUGACCGGCGGCUUCUACGUGCAGCACAUACCCAACUGCCUGGAGUGGAUCAAGUACGUCUCCUUCACCUUCUACGGCUACAGACUCCUCAUCAACAUCCAGUACAGCGGCAAAGAAAUGGACUACUUCCUCGGAUCGUCGACGCACUACGGAACGAGAAUCGAUUCCUCGGUCUGCAUCGUGGCACUGGCCGUCAUGCUCGUCGGGUACAGAGCCUUGGCUUACAUAGCUCUCCGGCGCAUCAAGGUCGGUUGACGGAGAAGCAGAGCAGGGAUUAAUGCAUCACUUGAUCUAACUUUCUCUCUUCGUCGGUGCCUUUAAUCUUCUAGCUACUUCAAUAAAUUGAGAGAUGCAAGUGUUAAUUAAUUUGUUGUUCAACGCUAACAAGCACAGAUCCUAAGCCCUGCAUUAAAUAAUAAUAAUAAUAAAAAACCUUGUUCAUCUUGGAAAA